CAUGAUAUUUGUUUCAUAGAUUCUCUUCGAAUCGUGUAACGAGUAGAGCAUACUUUUCCUUGAUUCUGAUCAUUGGUUUGUGUUUCUGUUAAGGAAAAUCUUUAUAAUUCUGAAUUUAAAAUAACACAGAUUUUCCUAAAAAAUGGCAUACCGUGAUCGUGAACGUAAUGAUAGAAGAGGAGGAGCACGUGGUGGAGGUCGUUUUAAUAGUAGAGAUGGAAAUAGUGGAGGUGGAAGAUUUAGUAGUAAUUCCAAUAGAGAUAGUAAUUUUGGAAACAAUAAUUUUAAAAACAGACAACCUGGAGAACGGUUACGGAAACCAAGAUGGGAUAUGAGUACAUUACAACCAUUUAGAAAAGAUUUUUAUCAGCCACAUCCUAAUGUUACAACUCGAAGUUCACAUGUAGUUGAAGCUUAUCGUUCUGAUAAAGAAAUUACUGUGAAAGGAACAAAUGUACCAGGUCCAAACAUAUAUUUUGAGGAAGGUGGAUUUCCAGAUUAUGUAUUAAAUGAAAUUCAUAGACAAGGAUUUGGAGAACCAACUGCAAUUCAGGCACAAGGUUGGCCUAUUGCUUUAUCUGGACGUGACAUGGUUGGAAUUGCUCAAACUGGAUCUGGAAAAACAUUAGCAUAUAUUUUACCAGCAAUUGUACAUAUAAAUCAUCAACCAAGAUUAAACCGAAAUGAUGGACCUAUAGCUCUAAUUCUGGCACCAACAAGAGAACUUGCACAGCAAAUUCAACAAGUUGCAUCAGAUUUUGGUAUUUCAUCACAAGUAAGAAAUACUUGUAUUUUUGGUGGAGCUCCAAAAGGUCCUCAAGCUCGUGAUCUUGAACGAGGUGUUGAAAUUUGUAUAGCAACACCUGGACGUCUUAUUGAUUUUUUAGAACGAGGUACAACAAAUUUACGUAGAUGUACAUAUUUAGUACUUGAUGAGGCAGAUAGAAUGCUUGAUAUGGGUUUUGAACCACAAAUUAGAAAAAUUGUAGAACAAAUACGACCUGAUAGACAGACUCUUAUGUGGUCUGCAACAUGGCCAAAAGAAGUUCGUAAUCUUGCAGAAGAAUUUUUAACUGAUUAUAUACAAAUUAACAUUGGUUCUCUACAAUUAGCAGCUAAUCAUAAUAUUCUCCAAAUUGUUGAUGUAUGUGAAGAAUAUGAAAAAGAGGGUAAACUUAUGAAACUUUUAGAAGAAAUAUCAAAUGAACCAGAAAAUAAAACUAUCAUUUUUGUUGAAACUAAGAGAAAAGUAGAUGAUAUAACACGUGCAAUUAAUAGAUAUGGAUGGCAAGCAAUUGGCAUCCAUGGUGAUAAAAGUCAACAAGAAAGAGAUUAUGUAUUAAAUCAGUUCCGGAAUAGCAGAUCUGCCAUUCUAGUAGCUACAGAUGUUGCAGCAAGAGGAUUAGAUGUGGAAGAUGUUAAGUUUGUAAUAAAUUUGGAUUACCCGUCCAAUUCGGAAGAUUAUGUACAUCGGAUCGGACGUACGGGACGAUCACAGCGUACCGGAACUGCGUACGCAUUUUUCACUCCCGGUAAUGCACACAAGGCUAGUGACUUAAUACAAGUUUUAGAAGAAGCAAAACAAGUUGUAAAUCCUAAAUUAUAUGAAUUAUCGAGAAAUCCAGGCAUUUAUAAAAGAGGUCGUUAUGGAGGACGUAGCGGAGGUGGCAGUGGACGUGGUUCUGGAGGCCGCGGUGGCGGCGGUUCACGAGGUUCGCGAGGAGGUCGUGAUGGAGAUAGAGGUGGAAGAUUUGAUCGUUCUAAUAGUGGUAGUGGUGGAGACCGAGGAAAUAAAUGGAAUGGCAAUAAUAGCAGUAUGACUUCAAAUAAAAAUUGUGGUAUAGGAAGUAGCAGUUAUAAUAGUAAAGUAUUUUCUCAAAACAAUUAUGGUGGAAGCUCUGGUGGUGGUUCCAACAGUUAUAGUCAAAAUGGUGGAUAUGGAGGAAGCGGGGGAGGAAGUAGUGGCAGUAAUUAUAGACAAAAUGGUUAUUAAUUUUAAAAUAAUUAAUUUUAAGAAAAAUUUAUGUAAUAUAGUAAAAAAAAAAAAAAAACAAGAAAGAAACAGAAAAAUAUUGUAUUUCAAUAGAACAUGUUUUCUAUGUAGUGUAGUUUUUAUCAUGACUAAACAUGUUCUGUUCAAAUAGAAUAUUUUUUCUAUAUAACGUGCUUCUCACGCUGACUAAACAUAAAGUAGAAUAAAAUUCACGUAAUAGCGAUUAAAACAAUAUAAUUAAAUGUAUUAGAAGAUUUAGAUUAUUUAAGGAUAUUCAUAAGCAUUCUUUUUUAUAAUAAAAAAAAAAAGAAAAAAGAAAAAAAAUGUACAUGUAAAUGUAAUAGCAGAUCACAUUACUGCUGAUUUUUAACUUCAAUUUUUGCAAAUAUAACUAUAUUAUUUUCAUGGAA